CGAGUCUGCAGGGCCACGCGAGGGGGGCGGCUGUAGGGCACGGGGGCACGUCCACGUGACUACGGGUGGACACCCUGAGUCAGCCGCGGUGGAGGGACAGGCCUGUCCCUCGCGUUACAGCUGCUGGUCAUGCCCACUGUCUGCCUUCUCCCAUUGCUAUUCUUCACCAUAGGAGGGUGCCUGGGUAGCAGCAGGCCGUUUCGUACCUUUGUGGUGACAGAUACCACACUGACUCACCUGGCUGUGCACCGAGUGACUGGGGAGGUGUUUGUAGGUGCCGUGAACCGAGUUUUCAAGCUGGCUUCAAACCUAACUGAGCUACGGGCCCAUGUCACAGGGCCCAUUGAGGACAAUGCUCGCUGCUACCCACCCCCUAGCAUGCGUGUGUGCUCCCACCGCCUGGUGCCUGUGGACAAUGUGAACAAGCUGCUCCUCAUAGACUAUGCAGCCCGUCGCUUGGUAGCUUGUGGCAGCAUCUGGCAGGGCAUUUGCCAGUUCCUGCGUCUGGAUGACCUCUUCAAGUUGGGUGAGCCCCACCAUCGCAAGGAACACUAUCUGUCAGGGGCCCAGGAGCCUGAUUCCAUGGCUGGCGUCAUUGUUGAACAGGGCCAGGGGCCUAGCAAGCUGUUUGUGGGCACCGCUGUUGAUGGCAAGUCUGAGUACUUUCCCACCUUGAGUUCCCGUAAGCUCAUCGACGAUGAGGACAGUGGAGAUAUGUUCAGUCUGGUGUACCAGGAUGAGUUUGUCUCUUCUCAGAUCAAGAUCCCUUCAGACACACUGUCCUUGUACCCUGCCUUUGACAUCUACUACAUAUAUGGCUUUGUCAGUGCCUCCUUCGUGUACUUCUUAACAUUGCAGCUGGACACCCAGCAGACACUGCUGGAUACAGCAGGCGAGAAAUUCUUCACAUCUAAGAUUGUGCGCAUGUGUGCCGGGGACUCAGAGUUCUACUCUUACGUAGAGUUCCCUAUUGGCUGCUCCUGGCGUGGUGUGGAGUACCGCUUGGUGCAGAGGCCCAUCUGGCCAAGCCAGGCUCACAUUGCUCCAGGUUUGGUGCUGUUUGACGCGGAUGUGCUCUUCACCAUCUUCUCUCAGGGCCAGAAGAAUCGAGCCAACCCACCUCGGCAGACCAUCCUUUGCCUCUUCACCCUCAGCAGCAUUAAUGCCCACAUUCGGCGCCGAAUCCAAUCGUGCUACCGUGGGGAGGGCACGCUGGCCUUGCCCUGGCUGCUGAAUAAGGAGCUGCCCUGCAUCAACACCCCCAUGCAGAUCAAUGGAAACUUCUGUGGGUUAGUGUUGAAUCAACCAUUGGGUGGCCUACACGUGAUUGAGGGGCUACCCUUGCUGGCUGACAGCACUGAUGGCAUGGCCAGUGUGGCUGCCUACACCUACCACCAGCACUCUGUGGUUUUCAUCGGUACACGCAGCGGUAAUUUGAAGAAGGUGCGAGUUGAUGGCUCUCAGGAUGCCCAACUAUAUGAAACUGUCUCUGUGGUGCAGGGCACCCCCAUACUUCGAGACCUGCUCUUCAGCCCUGACCACCGACACAUCUACCUCCUGAGUGAGAAGCAGGUGAGCCAACUCCCGGUGGAGACCUGUGAGCAGUAUCUGAGCUGUGCUGCAUGCCUGGGCUCAGGGGACCCACACUGUGGUUGGUGUGUGCUACAGCACAGGUGCUGCCGUGAAGGGGCCUGUCCAGGUGCCUCUGCCCCACACGGCUUUGCAGAAGAGCUGAACAAAUGUAUACAAGGUUCGCCUAAUAAUGUGUCAGUGACAUCCUCUGGGGUGCAGCUGACAGUAGCCAUGCGCAAUGUGCCAGACCUCAGUUUGGGUGUGAGCUGUUCCUUUGAGGAAGUGACUGAAAGUGAGGCUAUUCUGUUCUCUGAGAGCUAAUGACACCCUUCACCAUCCCUUCAGGGAGCUCCAGACACCUCUACCAGAGGGUCAGGGGCAACUCAUACUGUGCGGCUUCAGCUGCUCUCCAUGGAGACUGGUGUGAGGUUUGCUGCUGACUGCUUCUACAACUGCAGUGCUCCUCCCAGUCCCACUUCUCCCUCCAGGUGUAUGUCCUGUGUUGGCAGCCCUUACCCCUGCCACUGGUGUAAGUACCGUCAUGUGUGCACCAGCCACCCACACGAGUGUUCCUUCCAGGAGGGCAGGGUCCACAGCCCUGAGGGCUGCCCAGAGAUCCUGCCUCGAGGGGACCUCUUGAUUCCUGUGGGUGUCAUGCAGCCUCUAACUCUGCGGGCUAAGAACCUGCCACAGCCUCAGUCAGGACAGAAGAAUUAUGAAUGUGUGGUCCGUGUACAGGGGCGGCAACAUCGGGUACCUGCAGUGCGCUUUAACAGCAGCAGCGUGCAGUGCCAGAAUGCCUCGUACUUCUAUGAAGGUGAUGAGUUUGGUGACACUGAACUGGACUUCUCUGUGGUCUGGGAUGGAGAUUUCCCCAUUGAUAAGCCUCCUAGCUUCCGAGCCCUUCUUUACAAGUGCUGGGCUCAGCGGCCUAGCUGUGGCCUUCUGCCCUGCAAGGCUGAUCCCUCGAUUCAACUGUGGCUAUGGUGCCUCCCGGAGCACAGGUGCCAGCUUCGGGUUCACUGCCCAGCUCCCAAAAGUAACUGGAUGCACCCAAGCCAGAAGGGGGCCCGAUGCAGCCAUCCCCGAAUCACCCAGAUUCACCCACUAACAGGACCCAAGGAGGGGGGCACCCGGGUCACCAUUGUGGGUGAGAACCUGGGCCUCACUUCCCGUGAGGUUGGCCUUCGAGUAGCUGGUGUACGUUGUAACUCCAUUCCCACCGAAUAUGUCAGUGCUGAAAGGAUCGUAUGUGAGAUGGAGGAAUCGCUGGUGCCCAGCCCAUCACCUGGGCCUGCUGAGCUCUGUGUAGGUGAUUGUUCUGCUGACUUCCGCACACAGUCCCAGCAACUCUACAGCUUUGUGACCCCAACAUUUGACCGUGUAAGUCCUACUCGGGGCCCAGCUUCUGGGGGAACUCGGCUCACCAUCUCUGGAACUUCUCUGGAUGCUGGCAGCAGGGUCACAGUUAUUAUAAGAGAUGGAGAGUGCCAGUUUGUGAGGAGAGAUGCUGAGGCAAUCGUGUGUAUCUCACCUAUCUCCACUCUGGGCCCCAGUCAGGCAUCACUCCUUGCCAUCGACCAUGCCAACAUCUCCAGCACUGGAGUCAUCUAUACCUACACUCAGGACCCUACUGUCACACACCUUGAGCCCACCUGGAGCAUCAUCAAAAUCUCCAUCAACGGCAGCCCGCUUCCCUCAACUGCUUCCUUCACCUACUAUCCUGAUCCCAGCUUUGAACCACUUGGGCCCUCUGGUGUGCUAGAUGUCAAACCUGGUUCGCAUGUUGUAUUGAAGGGCAAGAACCUGAUCCCUGCUGCAGCUGGCAGCUCCCGCCUCAACUACACAGUGUUGAUUGGAGGACAACCAUGUGCACUAACUGUCUCAGAUACUCAACUUCUGUGUGAUUCCCCUAGCCAGACAGGCCGGCAACCUGUUAUGGUGCUGGUGGGUGGCCUGGAGUUCUGGUUGGGCACCCUGCACAUCACUGCUGAUCGGGCACUGACCUUACCGGCUAUGGUGGGGCUGGCAGCAGGAGGCGGGCUCUUGCUGCUGGCCAUCACUGUUGUACUGGUUGCCUACAAGCGAAAGACUCAGGAUGCAGACCGCACACUUAAGCGACUUCAGCUACAGAUGGACAACCUGGAGUCUCGUGUGGCCUUGGAGUGCAAGGAAGCUUUUGCUGAGUUACAGACAGAUAUCAACGAACUGACAAACCACAUGGAUGGUGUGCAGAUCCCCUUCUUGGACUACCGGACCUAUGCUGUGCGCGUACUUUUCCCUGGCAUUGAGGCUCACCCAGUGCUCAAGGAGCUGGAUACUCCCCCCAAUGUGGAGAAAGCCCUGCGCCUAUUUGGACAGUUGCUGCACAGCCGUGCCUUCCUGCUCACCUUCAUCCACACUUUGGAGGCCCAGAGCAGUUUCUCCAUGCGUGACCGUGGUACUGUGGCCUCACUCACCAUGGUGGCCCUGCAGAGUCGGCUUGACUAUGCCACUGGGCUGCUCAAGCAACUGCUGGCUGACCUCAUAGAGAAAAACCUUGAGAGCAAGAACCACCCAAAGCUGCUAUUGCGCAGGACAGAGUCAGUGGCUGAGAAGAUGCUCACCAACUGGUUCACAUUCCUGCUGCAUAAGUUCCUGAAGGAGUGCGCCGGGGAGCCACUCUUCCUGCUGUACUGCGCCAUCAAGCAGCAGAUGGAGAAAGGUCCCAUCGAUGCCAUAACAGGCGAGGCCCGCUACUCCUUAAGUGAGGACAAGCUCAUCCGUCAGCAGAUCGACUAUAAGACCCUGACUCUGCAUUGUGUGUGCCCGGAGAGUGAGGGCAGUGUCCAGGUCCCUGUGAAGGUUCUUAACUGUGAUAGCAUCACCCAGGCCAAAGACAAGCUGUUGGAUACCGUGUACAAGGGUAUUCCAUACUCUCAGCGCCCCAAAGCUGAGGACAUGGACUUGGAAUGGCGCCAGGGCCGUAUGGCCCGAAUCAUCCUCCAAGAUGAGGACAUCACUACAAAGAUUGAGUGUGAUUGGAAGAGGAUCAACUCACUGGCUCACUACCAGGUGACUGAUGGUUCCUUAGUAGCACUGGUGCCCAAACAAGUGUCUGCCUAUAACAUGGCCAACUCAUUCACCUUCACCCGUUCACUUAGUCGCUAUGAGAGUUUGCUCCGUGCUGCCAGCAGCCCAGAUAGCCUCCGCCCAGCACCUAUGCUCACACCUGACCAGGAGGCGGGCACCAAGCUGUGGCAUCUGGUGAAGAACCACGACCAUGCUGAUCACCGAGAGGGAGACCGUGGCAGCAAGAUGGUCUCAGAAAUAUAUCUGACAAGGCUGCUGGCCACCAAGGGCACGUUGCAGAAGUUUGUGGAUGACUUGUUUGAAACUGUGUUCAGUACAGCCCACCGGGGCUCAGCCUUACCCUUGGCCAUCAAGUACAUGUUUGACUUCAUGGAUGAACAGGCUGACCAGCGCCAGAUCAGUGACCCUGAUGUGCGCCACACCUGGAAAAGCAACUGCUUGCCUCUGCGUUUCUGGGUGAAUGUGAUCAAGAACCCACAAUUCGUGUUUGACAUCCACAAGAAUAGCAUCACAGAUGCCUGCCUCUCUGUGGUAGCCCAGACCUUCAUGGACUCCUGUUCCACAUCAGAGCACCGUCUGGGCAAGGACUCACCUUCCAACAAGCUGCUCUAUGCCAAGGAUAUUCCCAAUUACAAGAGCUGGGUGGAGAGGUACUACCGAGAUAUUGCAAAGAUGGCAUCCAUCAGUGACCAGGACAUGGACGCCUACUUAGUGGAGCAGUCCCGCCUCCAUGCCAAUGACUUCAAUGUCCUAAGUGCACUCAGUGAGCUCUACUUCUAUGUCACCAAGUACCGUCAGGAGAUCCUCACCUCGCUGGACCGAGAUGCCUCUUGUCGGAAGCAUAAGCUUCGACAGAAGCUGGAGCAGAUCAUCACCCUGGUGUCCAGCAGCAGCUGAGUGGGGAGAUGGUGAGGAGGGGGCUUCUCACUUCUGAGCCAUCCUCCCAGUCAGGGGAGUGUCUGGCUCUAGCCUGGGUUUCCAGGGCUGAGACCCAGAUCUGGUGUUGUUGGGGAGGUUACCAAGCCAAGAUGCCCAUCGCACCUGGGCCCCCUUCAUUAGUGCCUUGCUUUGGGCCCUGCAGGGGGAGGGGAUGACAGGACCAAGCUUCCCCCACCAGCAGCAGCAAUAUCCCCACCCUCUUGCCCUGGUGUUCCCAUGUCAGAAGAGCCCUUGACCACCUUGCUCUGACAUCCUACCCACCUAUUUAUUAAUGUAAUUCUACCUUAAUUUCCAUAUGUAAAUAUAUAUGCCCCAUGGGAUGUUACUAGCCUCACAGACCUCUUCCUUGGUUGAUCUGGGUCUUGUUUCCUGUUCUGGUUCCUUUGUGAUAUUGCAAGCCUUGGCUCAGCCUCUGGCAUCUCAUCUUUGCUGUGUCAGGCCCCACUUGUCUAAAAAGAGAUCCUCAGUACCAGCAGCAUUCAGGGUUUGAUGAUGCAUCUGAAGCUGCCCUCAGAUUGUCCAGGUCAGGCCAGGCCAGGCCAGGCCAAUGUCCCUUUUCAGAUAUCUCAGAAGUCAGACCACAUUUUCAUGGGCCCUGCCGUCUCUGAGAGAACUAUAGCCAGGCUGUGAUUGGGCCUGAUGUGGGCCUGGGCCUCUGGGACAUUCCUUGUGUCCCUACUGCCAAAUUUCCUUAGUGUUGUAGGCACUUGCCCUGAAACCUCUCAGCCUCAGCUGCCCCAUCAUAUGCCCGUCCGUAAGGGCCAAGGUGGCAGUGCCUUACUGUUUUGUGUCUCCUGCUUCCUCUGAGGAAUCUGGCCCUGUCUGAUAGUCCCAGACCCUCAGUUCACUCUUCUUUUGUUGCAUGAGUUUUUCUUUGUUGUAAUUUUUUCCUAAUUAAAUGUUGGGAAAUGGGGUCAGUGCAUGUCUUUGUCUUUGGAGAAAGUGGGUAGGCCUGUUGGGCUAUGGAUGAACUAGAUUCCCAUUAUGGGAAAAAAUGUAACUCGAUAGGACUUGUAAUGAUUUGAGGAAGGCCAUGACCAUGUACAGUCCAUUAGGCAAUCCCUGUGGCUAUAGCUUCAAGACUGAAUAAAUCUACUUCCUUCUUGCA